AUGUUUGGGGUGAUCUGUGUUAUGUGUGUGCCGGCUUACGUCUACUUCCACGUCAAAGAACAAUCUUCGUCUCAGUCAGACCAAUAUGAGACACUCAAUGCAACACAAGACAACCCUGAGUCUCAGAAACGCAGGAAGAAGGACUACCUGUUUAUCGUGUUCAUGUUCCUUGUGCUUUUGUCAGGUCAGGGCUUCCCAUCAGGAUACAGCGGUCUUCUGGCAACGUUUGGCAUUGAGAGUCGCCUCCAGAUUAGUCUGUCCACCAUGACUCUUAUGACAUCACACUUGUGUACACAUUUUCAGCUAAAGCCCCGUAGAGGUUUCCUCCUAAAUAUACACGUUACAUCUUCUUUUCAGGGAGUUAUUAUUGGAAUUAUAGGACCAAUCUUACCCGACCUGAGAUGCCUCUUCAACGCUGGUCUAGACGAGCUGAGCCUUCUCCUCUUAGUAUUUGGGGUCGGUGGAAUCUUCAGUCAGCUAAUAAUAUCAUUUGUGAUGGAGAAUGUUCCUAUAUAUAUCGUGCUUGGCGUUCUGAUUGUACUGAAAGCCAUCUACUUUUUCUCAUUUCCAUAUGCCGGAAACAUCAUUAUGGGCACAAUACUACAGACGUUAGCGGGAGUACUUAGCGGAGCCUGCUUUAAUCCCAUCUUGUACAAGUGUGGACUGUUAUGGCCCGGUAACCCACGCCUUGUGCACCUUCAUUUUGGAGUCUCGUCGUUUGGAAGCGUCUUAGCACCGUUGGUUAUCGGACCUUUCCUCAGCGAUGGUGCCGUAACGGAGAUGUACAAAACACGGUAUAACAUCACAACUGACAGGGGUCCUUUCCAGCACAACAACACACCUGUUUUCAACGCAGAACAUAUACAAAACAGGCGGAACUUGACAUCCGUGAUGAAUGUUUCAUCUCUUCAGAUUGACAGCAUUGAUUGUAGUGGUCCUGACGGUAUUACUCUUCUCCAAUACCCUUUUAUCAUGUUUGGAGUGAUCUGUGUUAUGUGUGUGCCGGCUUACGUCUACUUCCACGUCAAAGAACAAUCUUCGUCUCAGUCAGACCAAUAUGAGACACUCAAUGCAACACAAGACAACCCUGAGUCUCAGAAACGCAGGAAGAAGGACUACCUGUUUAUCGUGUUCAUGUUCCUUGUGCUUUUGUCAGGUCAGGGCUUCCCAUCAGGAUACAGCGGUCUUCUGGCAACGUUUGGCAUUGAGAGUCGCCUCCAGAUAAGUCUGUCCACCAUGACUCUUAUGACAUCAGUAUUCUGGUUUUCGUUUCUGAUUGGUCGAUUAGUACCGUGCAUUCUUCCAGCAAGUGUGAAACAGAUUUACAUCUUGAGUGCAAGCUUUACGGGACUGCUAAUUGGUAUAAUUGUGUUUUGUUUUUCCUUUGAUAAUACUGCAGCACUCUGGGUGGCGUCUGUGAUUCUUGGACUGUUUUCAGCGCCUGUUCUACCUGCUGGAUUAGCAUGUUCAAAGCAAAUCCUGAACGUUUCGCCAAGAAUAGGAAAAUUGAAAUCAUUCCUCCUGUCGUACAGUCUUUUGCCACUCUGA